AUCCAUAUUAAGAGAAAUACAGUGCAGGGUUGAGGAUGAAGUGGGUGGACUCCACACAGAAGGGGUUUUGAAUGAAUGAUGGGUUGAAUCAUUGAUGUAACACUGUACACACACAUCGACCAGCAAAGGUGAGAGUGCAGCAGAUUAUCACCUGACAUGGAAGCGAAAAUCAUUUAUUUUACCGUGAAUGGAAGACCAGAACAAGCUGAGUUUCCCACCGACUGUCCUGCACAAGAUAUUAAAGAUCUUUUCCGAGCUGCAGCUGAGGCUGGACCUUAUGACAUCUUAAAACUCUAUAACACUAAAGGCAAUAUCAUUAAUAUUUCCCCACAACUGGCCCCAAAUAGUCCACACUCCUGCUAUAAACUGGAAGUGGUAGCUGCAGACUGUAACAGUGAGCUGUUAGGUUCAGAUCCGGCUGUUGCUCUGGGGUUUGAUCUCUCUUCUAUGGAGAAAAGGUUACAGAGCCUGGAGAAAAGAAUCCAAACUGAAGCAACAGAGACACCUGCCAUUGUGUAUGAGAUGAAGAGACAGGUGGAGUCAUUCAGAGAGAAACUGGAGAGUGUUGAGCACCUGAGCUGGUUGGGAUUGUUUAAAGACAUGUCAGAAGGCACCCACAAGCCCUCCCCUUUCUACCAUAAAAGAACCCUGCGCAAGACCCGAGAAGAGUGUGAGCACGUCAGGGAAAAGUUCCUCCAAAUGAGUUCUCUGGAGGUUUCUGAAGAGGUGAGACAGUAUCUUAAAACACCAACCUUUGAUAACUGGCAAUGGGAGGACGCUGAGAUCAUGGUGCUGCUCCAGGUGAUGUACACAGAUCUGGACUUCAUCUCCACCUUUAACAUUGAGCUGGAUGUGCUGCAGCAGUUCCUUUAUGAAGUGUACCGACGCUACAAUAACAUCCCCUUCCAUAACUUCAAGCACUGCUUCUGCGUCACUCAGAUGAUGUAUGGACUAAUAUGGCUAACAGAUCUCAGAAGCAAGAUUGACAGUAUUGACCUCCUCAUCAUGCUAACCUCAGCCGUCUGUCACGAUCUAGAUCACACCGGCUACAACAAUGCAUACCAGAUUAAUGCACGCACUGAGCUCGCCUUGAGGUACAAUGACAUCUCCCCACUGGAAAAUCACCACUGUGCUGUAGCUUUUGAAAUCCUGGAAAAGUUGAUGAUGAUCAUGAUUAAAGUAAGUGACAUCUCCAAUGAGGCGAGACCCAUGGAUGUUGCAGAACCGUGGCUGGACUGUCUGCUGCAGGAGUUUUUUAAUCAGAGUGACAUGGAGAAGUUGGAGGGUCUUCCUGUCACUCCAUUCAUGGAUCGAGACAAAGUGACCAAACCGUCUUCUCAGACUGGAUUUAUCCGCUUUGUUCUCUUUCCUCUCUUCAUUGAACUGGCCAAUCUUUUCCCCUGUCUGGAGCAACACAUCAUUGACCCAGUGCGGAAAGCCCUGGAUUAUUACACAGAGAUGGAGAAAGCUCUGGAGAGGGAGAAACAGAACCGGGCCCAGAGUGACAAGAAGCCCAGCACCUCAAAAGAGCCAAUAGCUCAUCCAGAACCUGGUGGGACGACGAAACCAGUCAACCUGUAAACUAACCUCACACUGUUAAAUGUUCAUUCUAUAAUCACAAUCAGUCUGAGUUUCAGAUUUGUGCUUUAAGGAUUAAAGUAAAUUUAUUUAUGCUA